UGCAAGAAGAAUUGUUCUCCAUGAGUCGCACCGCUUCACUGACGCCUGGAUUUUUGCGUUUAUGAAUCGCAUUAAACAGUUCGUUUCUUAAGACUUGAUUUUUAUUUUAGGUUGGGGCGAAAAUGGCUCAAAGCGUGGUUCUUUUUUUAUUAUGGCUAUUCGGCAGAUCUCUCGCUGGAUUUCCCAAUCAGAUAAAUAUAGGUGGGCUUUUCAUGCGUUCCACCGUUCAAGAACACAGCGCCUUCAGAUUCGCUGUCCAGCUCUACAACACCAACCAGAAUAUGACUGAGAAACCCUUCCACCUCAAUUACAACGUAGAUAACCUGGAGUCCUCUAACAGUUUCUCUGUUACCCAUGCAUUUUGUUCGCAGUUCUCCCGAGGAGUGUACGCCAUCUUCGGCUUCUACGAUAAGAAGUCCAUGAACACCCUAACCUCAUUCUGCGGGGCUCUUCACACCUCCUUCGUCACACCUAGUUACCCCAUCGACUCAGACGUGCAGUUUGUCAUUCAGAUGCGGCCGCCGUUGAAGGGUGCUGUCCUCAGUCUCCUAUCCCACUACAAGUGGGACAAGUUUGUCUACCUCUAUGACACAGACAGAGGAUUCUCUAUUCUUCAAGCCAUUAUGGAGGCAGCAGUGGCAAACAACUGGCAGGUAACGGCGCGGUCGGUAGGCAGCAUAACAGACCCCCAAGAGUUCCGCCGCAUCAUUGAGGAAAUGGACAGGAGACAAGAGAAGCGGUACCUCAUCGACUGUGAAGUGGACAGAAUCAAUGUCAUCUUAGAGCAGGUGGUGGCACUGGGGAAGAACAGUCGGGGAUACCAUUAUGUUAUUGCCAAUCUGGGCUUCACCAACAUCAGUAUGGAUAAGGUAUUUCUCGGUGGAGCAAACAUAAGUGGCUUUCAAAUAAUCAAUCCUGAAAACCCAGUUGUGCAACAGUUUCUCCAGCGAUGGGACCGUCUGGAUGAAAGAGAGUUUCCAGAAGCAAGGAACACACCUCUAAAGUAUACCUCUGCGCUGUCGUAUGAUGCCAUCCUGGUUAUUGCUGAGGCUUUCCGGUACCUGCGACGCCAGCGAGUCGACGUGUCCAGACGCGGUAGUGCCGGAGAUUGCCUGGCUAACCCUGCAGUGCCUUGGAGCCAAGGUAUUGACAUCGAAAGAGCUCUCAAAAUGGUCCAGGUGCAAGGGAUGACUGGAAAUAUCCAGUUUGACAGCUUUGGACGCAGAACAAACUUCACUAUUGAUGUUUAUGAAAUGAAAACAGGGGGGCCGAGAAAAAUUGGAUACUGGAACGAAUUUGAGCGCUUUGUAAAUAUAAUGGAUCUACAGUUCAGCAACGAUUCGUCAUCAGUGGAAAACCGAACAAUUGUGGUCACUACUAUUAUGGAAGCACCGUAUGUGAUGUUUAAGAAAAACCACAUGCACCUGGGUGGCAAUGACAAGUAUGAAGGCUACUGUGUCGAUUUAGCUUCUGAGAUUGCCAAACAUGUUGGGAUCAAAUACAGACUGUCCAUUGUCAUGGAUGGGAAAUAUGGUGCCCGCGACCCCGAAACCAAGACGUGGAAUGGAAUGGUCGGUGAACUAGUCUAUGGGAGAGCAGAUAUAGCCAUUGCACCGCUAACAAUCACACUUGUGCGAGAGGAAGUGAUUGACUUUUCCAAGCCCUUCAUGAGUCUGGGCAUCUCCAUUAUGAUCAAGAAACCUCAGAAGUCCAAGCCAGGUGUGUUCUCCUUCCUGGAUCCUCUGGCUUAUGAGAUCUGGAUGUGCAUUGUGUUCGCCUACAUAGGCGUCAGUGUGGUGCUGUUCCUGGUGAGCCGCUUCAGCCCCUAUGAGUGGCACCUGGAUGAGAAUGAUGAAGCCAAAGACCCCCAGACCCCUCCGGACCCGCCUAAUGACUUUGGGAUUUUUAACAGCCUGUGGUUCUCUCUCGGGGCCUUCAUGCAGCAGGGCUGUGAUAUCUCGCCAAGGUCCUUAUCGGGCAGAAUAGUAGGAGGUGUCUGGUGGUUCUUCACCCUUAUCAUUAUCUCGUCCUAUACGGCUAACCUCGCUGCUUUCCUGACAGUCGAGAGGAUGGUCUCUCCUAUUGAGAGCGCAGAAGAUCUCGCCAAACAAACAGAAAUCGCAUAUGGAACCCUGGACUCGGGAUCCACCAAAGAGUUCUUUAGGCGUUCGAAAAUAGCUGUGUACGAAAAAAUGUGGUCGUACAUGAAAUCAGCAGAGCCCUCCGUCUUUGCCAAGACCACACCUGACGGGGUCGCACGGGUACGAAAGUCGAAGGGCAAAUUCGCCUUUCUUCUCGAGUCCACCAUGAACGAGUACAUAGAGCAGCGGAAACCCUGCGACACCAUGAAAGUGGGCGGCAAUCUGGACUCUAAGGGCUAUGGUGUGGCGACCCCCAAAGGCUCAGCAUUAAGAAAUGCUGUUAACCUGGCAGUUUUAAAACUGAAUGAGCAAGGCCUGUUGGACAAAUUGAAAAACAAAUGGUGGUACGACAAGGGAGAGUGCGGCAGCGGGGGAGGUGACUCCAAGGACAAGACAAGUGCACUGAGCCUGAGCAAUGUUGCUGGUGUCUUCUAUAUUCUGGUUGGUGGAUUAGGUCUGGCUAUGAUGGUGGCAUUGAUAGAGUUCUGUUACAAGUCACGUGCAGAAGCCAAAAGGCUGAAACUUGAAAAGAACUCCCAAAACUAUAAGCCAGCCCCACCAGCUAACACUCAGAACUAUGCCACGUACCGAGAAGGCUACAACGUGUACGGCACAGAGAGCGUUAAGAUCUAACGACUCAGAGCCUCACAGCGUUGCCGUGUGAUGGUUAUGACGAGAGACCUUAUCUAGACAGCUGGAUCUUUUGGAGGGGUCGCGCCCCUCUCGCCCACUCUCCAUACACACAUGAACCCCAGCCUCUCCUGCCCACAUGGACGCAACACGCUAAUCAAAGACGACAAAGACCAGCGUGGACUGUCGGAAGAAUUGGAUACGUUUUCUUCAGUGCCUUAUGGAAUAUUCAGAGAAUCACACUGAUGCAAACUCAUCAAAGAAACAUUGCAUCACUCAAAUCACACAACGAACGGAUUGCCAUCAUCAUUAUCUGUGAAAUAAACUCUGAACACACGUAUCUCCAUGGAAACUGAGAAAUAAAGCCAUCACUUGCAAUCUUAGCACACUGAAAGAGCCGAUCUGACUUUUGUGGAGCCUGGUUGGCACGCAAAUGGGGGACACGUGACGCUCGUAAUACAUCAACUGUAAAUUUGCGUUCACAAUCAUUAAAUCAAUGUAUUAAUUUAUCAGAUUUUGGAUUUCAAUGGCAGGUCAGGAUCAUUGUCCAUUCGACAUGUUGAAUAUUGUGUGGUACUAUAUUAUUUUGCUUGAUCUAUAUUUCUCAAUAAUUCAACAGAAACGUUUAGUUCUGAAACUAUAAAAGCUAUUUGACCAACAAUAAUUCUCAUAUUUGACUUUCAAAAGACCAAAAAUCAUCUCCGAGUUACACUAUUUCAUUCAUACACUACUGAAAACUCAUGACACAUACUUAUCAACAUGAACUUCCAAGAUUUUUGUAGUCAUCGAUGCAUACUGUACAAGAAACUGAAGCUAUAAAAAGGAUCCCAUUAUUGUAGAUAAACAGAAAUCCACAAAAUGGCUUUUAUGAUGUAGUAUUUGAUUACCUCACAGUUUACUGAAUAUAAUUUGCACAUGAAAUCAAGCUUUGAGAUUUAGUUUUCUUCGAUGAGCAUUAUUAAGUGUUUGGUGAAUUAUUUAGAGAAAAAAAAAAAAAAAAACUAGGAUUAAGAACAUUUACAAUAGAUUUAUAAAAGGAAACAACAGGGACUGCUUAGCACAUUUACAUUUUGCUGUAACGUUUUGUGUUGGAGAGAUGGAAAAAUAAACUGUGAUUCCAUGGGAUUCGGGAUUAGAGUGAUCCCGAAAACAUGGACAGAUAGUUUUAUAAUGAAUACAAAUGGACAACAAAACUAAAUGAACUGUACAUUUCAAGUGGAAGAUUGAAAAAUGAGUGACUGAAUUCCCAAAUUUUCUAUGUGCAUGCGAAAACUCGUGAUUGCCAAGUAAAGCCCUGCGACAUCCAUUAGAUUUUAGAGGGUCGGUAGAAAGUCGGUUUCAGCUUUCAUAUUUUUACCUGUUCCUUGACUGUAAAACUGCACUUCAGCCCAGAGUACAUGAACAAGCGUCAGGCUAAAGUAAGAACUGUAUGUGUGGGUGUUAAUUUCCCACCCUGAUGGUGAGGCCUUGUACAGAGAAUUUUAAUACAUUUUGUAAAUAAAAACAAACAAAAAAUG